CUGUUACUCCGUACUGCGCGGUACUUUAGCAUACAAUUUUCCUCCGUUCCAGCCGCAAAGUCAGUCUCUGAUCGGUAAGAGAAUGUAUCGGCCGGUGGGGAGUCCCUCGGUAUUUCCCCGUGUCGCGCGGCUCCGUCUGUCGAGGGAGUCUUGACUCGACUCGACCAAGCUUGGGAUAAGGUAUGUCCCAUUCUCAUUCAUGCAUUCAUUUGCUCGUUCAUUCAUUCAUUCCUCGCCCAUCAAAUCAUGCCUUUUUUUCCGCCUUCGUUUGCAUUGACCGAAUUCAGGGUAGAAUUCAACUUAUUUUAGGUGCAUUCAUUUUUCUCAUUGGAAUAGUAACAGCCUAUAAAUUGAUCAGCCAAAUAUAUGAGUGUACGGAGUAUGUUGGUGCCAGGAAAAAAAAAAAAAAAAGAAAAGAAAACAAAUCACUGCAGAGAAAAGCAGACUUCCCGUUCGGCAGAUUUCUCUUUCUCUCAGUUCCCCCUCUUACUGUACUUUCAUUUCAAGAAAAAACGGAUGGAGAUCUGCUUGAUCCGAUUCCUCCUUCGAACCACAUCCGAACGGGUCCCCCCCUCAACCCCUGUCGACUGAUCAUGUCGAGCUAAAUGUCGGAAAAGUGGGGACGGUGUUCAAUUGUCAAUCAUUUUGUCUCGACCGAGUCGACCAGUCAAGGGACUGGAAGUGGGUUUUACCUCCAAUCUAAUUAGUGUACCUCAGUAGCUCAACGGGAAGAAAGCUCCCUGAGCCAGAAAGUGAGGGAAACAAAGAAGAGAAGAAAAGACACACACACACACA